AUCGGAGCCGUGCCGGGCGCCCGGCCGAGGGAAAGGCAGAUCGGAGGCAGCCAGCCGCCUGGAUGAUUAGGAGUUUUGUUUGGGUCCAGAAAGCAUUUUCAAGAAGUUGAUCAAGGAUGGCUUUAACCGAUAGGAGACUUGAAAACUUGCAAAUCUACAAAGUUCUUCAGUGUGUUCGGAACAAAGACAAGAAGCAAAUAGAGAAGUUGACCAAGCUUGGAUACCCUGAACUAAUCAAUUUCACCGAACCUGUCAAUGGCGACAGUGCUCUGCACUUAGCCUCGGUUUCCAAUGACAUUGAUAUGGUCAGCUUUCUCCUGGAGCUUGGUGCGCACCCUGAUGUGCAAGACCGAAUGGGCUGUACUCCGACGAUGAGAGCCGCAGAGCUGGGCCAUGAAUUAUCGAUGGAAAGACUAGCCAAGGCAAAAGCUGAUAUGACUCUUGUUGAUAAUGAAGGAAAAGGCAUUUUAUUUUACUGCAUUUUGCCUACCAAGCGCCACUAUCGCUGUACGUUGAUUGCCCUGGAGCACGGUGCAGACGUCAACAAUGUCACCUACGAAGGAAAGCCAGUCUUCCUCCGAGCUUGUGAAGAAGCGCACGAUGUGAAAGACAUAUGCCUGACGCUUCUGGAAAAAGGAGCCAAUCCAAAUGCCAUCAACUCAUCUACAGGUCGCACGGCUUUAAUGGAAGCUUCACGAGAAGGCGUGUUGGAACUCGUUCGAGGGAUACUGGAGAGAGGAGGUGAAGUGAAUGCAUUUGACAAUGAGAGACAUCAUGCUGCACAUUUUGCCGCCAAAGGAGGCUAUUUUGAUAUAUUGAAGCUGCUUUUUGCCUACCAUGGAGACAUGGGGCUGAUAGCGAUGAAUGGGAACACACCACUUCAUUAUGCUGCCAUGGGAGGCUUUGCAGAUUGCUGCAAAUAUAUAGCUCAGCGAGGAUGUGACUUGAAAUGGAAGAACUUGCAGCAUAAGACACCCAGGAUGGUGGCUAAGGAUGGGGGCUUCAAAGCAGCAAGCAAAGAAAUACGCAAAGCCGAGCGAAUUGCCAAUAAACUUGCCAAGCCAGGAGCCAAAAAUCCCAAUCCACUCUGGGCUCUGCGACUACAUGAUUGGUCCGUAGAGCACGAGACUUUCCUUCGGGAAGCGUUCUCAUUUGUGGACAGAGGUGAUGGAACCGUUAGCAAGGAGGACUUCAUUCUGACGCUGGAGGAGAGGCAAGAAUUUUUGGACACGGAGCAGCUGGUUAGCAUAGCACAACUUCAUGAAAAAUCUAGGGGAGGAGGAGUUAACAUUAAUGAUUUCUUUAAAGGAACGAGAUACUUAAACAAGAAUUUUGUCUUGGGAUCCUAUGGGCCUAAGAAAAAGAAAAAGGGAAUAGGUAAAAGAGGCAAGAAAGGCAAAUUUGUUUUGCCUCUCCCAAUCUGCACCAUCCCUGAGAAUGCAUUUCCAGUGAGGAAAGAUGGCGGGCCACCGUAUUACAUGAUUGAAACCUACAAAAAUGUCACUGACUGCACUCGCUUCAACAGAGAUCAUCCACCAGAGCAUCCAAUUCAGGAUGAUUCUGCUUGGUACAUUGAUGAUUCCGUGAAGGUAUUUGCAAAUAUUAAUUUUGUCACCAAGGCAGGGGACCUGGCUUCUCUGAAGAAAGCCUUUGAAUCAGGAAUACCUGUGGAUAUGAAGGAUCAGUAUUACAAAACGCCACUAAUGACGGCCUGUGCAAGUGGCAACACGGAUGCAGUCAAGUUUCUUCUGGAAAAAGGGGCUAAUGUUAAUGCAACCGACAAUUUUCUGUGGACCCCACUACAUUUUGCAUGCCAUGCAGGCCAACAAGAUAUUGUUGAACUUCUUGUUAAAUCUGGCGCUUUAAUAGAUGCAGCUUCAAUCAACAACUCAACUCCUCUAAGUAGAGCGAUUGAGAGCUGUAGAUUGGAUACUGUAAAAUACCUGCUUGAUAUCGGUGCUAAAUUUCAGAUGGAAAAUAGAAGAGGGCAUGCUGCCAUGGAUAUCGCAAGGGCAUAUGCUGAUUAUAGAAUAAUGGAGCUGAUUAAAGAAAAGGUAGAUAACUCGCCCAAACCAGCAGACAAUCAAAAACUAAAAAGCAAAGCACCCAAACCAAAGACUGAAGGCCCUGACAUUAAGAAAGAGGAGGAACCACUUUCUUCAUUUUACACUGUACCAGAAAUACUGGAGGAAAAGACAAUUGUUAAAGAUAAUGUGGUUUAUCUCAAUUCUUUGAUUACUAGUGGUUAUACCAAGAAAGUGGACAUCACAUUUGUUCCACGGAGGAUCUGGAGUCCUGAGCCCACCACAGCAGAUCUGAUCCGGAGGAGAGAACUGUUGCGAGAGAAGCUCACCUAUGAGGUGGACUUUGAGGAUUUCAUGAUGCCCUUUCAGAGGAAUAUCACAGAGAGAGCGCGUGCUAUAGAAGCUACCUUCAAGAUGUCUCUCUACCUCGAGCUGCAUCCCGAGCAAUGGCACUGCCUGUGUCCCCCACAACCUAAGCUCCUUCCUGAAAUUCUGCCAUGGUUCCAGCCUUCAUCAGGUGACCCUCGCUCUGAGUUAUGGCUACACCACAUCUUCCCUCUGUUUCUCCAGCCUCAGAAUGAAAUCAGCUUCUUUUUCAUUGGAAAUAUCUGGAUGAAUAAGAAAUUAAGUUGGUACGCAUGGAAGGAAAGAGUCUGGUGGGAGGAACAGGAUUUUGAAGGGAAUAUCCAUUGAUUAGAGGAAGGCUUAGGAACAACCUGAGAUAUGCAUAUGACACAACGUUGCCUGCUGGAAGUGAAGCAGAUUUGAAGAACUUGCUGGUGAAGAUCAAGGAUUGCAGCCUCAGUAUGGAUUACCACUCACUCUAAAGAAGAUCAAACACCUCAUAAUGAUGAAUAGGUACCAUCAUGAUAAAUGGAGAAAAGGUUGAAGCUGUCAAAGAUUUUGUCGGUCUUGUUUGAAAGUAGAUUACUAGGAGUUCCCUAGCUAGCCCAGAAAAGGGAAAUCUCAACCUUGUCUGGGUUUGUCCUUAGAGGAAGCUGGGGUACCAAGGUCACUAGUCUUGAAUUAUACUCCAACCAAGGUGCUCAGAAGGCCCAGAAUCAAUCCUGUAAAUUUUUCUAAUCAGCAGUAGUGUAUGUGUUACAAUCACAGUCCCUUUCCAACAUGUGUUGUCCUUCCCGGGACAGGGAUGAGUUGAUCUGUCACCAAUUAUAAUUUUGUGAUAAUUUCCUUAGUUUUCCAUGUUCUUUAACGAUCCAUGUAACUAACUGUGAAUCCUUUGGACACCAUUAUGGCCUAUGUUGACGGUCUCCAUCAUCCAAAUGAUUUGUCUUUGGCUUUACUCUGAUUAAGACUUAUUAAAGGGGUCUCUGUAAAUACAAUUGAAUGUGGAGGUCUUUUCCCCCUAGAAUAUGGCAAGCACACCAACCUUACACCAACCUAAUUGCAGUGGCAUGAGCUAGUUGACAACAAAGUUAUUUGCAUUGCUUAAUAAAGCCUUGGGCUUUUUCUCAUUUGAUAUGUGAGUGGAAUUCACACACAAAAAUAAGAACAGAUGCUUUUAUCUAAGUUGUUUGGUAAGAAGUAUCUAACAAACAAUGUAAACGUGUUAUUGAUUCAAGUGCAUUAAUUGGUUUGGUGGUUUUCUAUAUCAUGCGUUCUACUUACAGCAAUCAUCUUGAAUGAAGUAAAAUGCUCUUGAAUCUUUUAUACCCCAUGCUAAAAAUCAAUAGUCCAAAGAGGGCAGUGUUUUGCAAGUAUUUGGAUAAAAGGAAAAGUCAUCAGAAUAAAAACUAUAAAUGUU